AACCGUGACGAGGAGGUUCUCUUCUCUGCUGCCUCCUCACGUACCCUGGCUAUGGCUUUCAUCGCGUCCAAGCUCGUUCGGGCAGCCCUAGCAUCACGCCCCAUUGGAGAUACUGCUGGUGGCAUCUCUCCGUGCCUCCCCCGGCUCUAUCUGACUGGCGAUUCCAUCCGUCGCAUGUCUGCAGCUGCAGGUUCUGGAUCAGAAAAAAUUCUCGGACUAGUCUUUACGGCGGACAUAAAUCCAAAUGAAAAAUAUCCCCUUGUUGAUGAGAAUUCCAUUAAGUCCAAGGAAUCUCUGUGGGCCUUGUAUAAAUGCUGGUGCAAGUAUCGUGGGGUAUCUCGUAGCCAUGAAGAAAUGACCCGCCGGUUCAGGUCAUUUAGGGCUUGUGCAAUGUCCGUGUACAAAGCUAACAAUUCUGGAUCGUCGCAAGUGUCUCAACUGGGCCCAUUUGCAGAUAUGACUAAGGCGGAGAUUGCUCGGCUGUUUCCUCCUCGUGGUCCCAAGUGCCGCUUCGGGGAGUCCAGGAGAUCACAAAGCGCAAUUGCUUGGCCUCAUUCGCUCUCCCUUGGAGCAUGCAGUGUGGAAAAUCUGGGCUCCACUCAUGAAGGUUCUUUGUCAGAAGAAAAACUACUCAGCGGCUUUGUGCCGGACGCGGAUCCAGAAACCUUUCCCCUGGUUGAUGAGAAUUCCAUUAAGUCCAAGGAAUCCCUGUGGGACUUGUAUAAACGCUGGUGCAAGUAUCAUGAGGUAUCCCGUGACCAUGAAGAAAUGACCCACCGGUUCAGGUCAUUUAGGGCUUGUGCAAUGGCUGUGUACAAAGAUAACAAUUCUGGAUCGUCGCAAGUGUCUCAACUGGGCCCAUUUGCAGAUAUGACUAAGGCAGAGAUUGCUCGGCUGUUUCCUCCUCUUGGUCCCAAGUGCCGCUUUGGGGGGUCGAGGAGGUCGUGCAGUCCUUCAAUAAAUAAUAAUUAAUUGGCAAAAUUAUGAACUUGUCUUGUAUUAUGGUUUAUCGUAACUCUCUUGUACUGGAAGUAUCGUUGCUCUAUGGUGCUUCUCAUGGAAUGUUCAGGUGCCAAGUGCAGCUUUAAGGGGUCCAUGAGCUUAG